GUAGGCUAUAUAUGUCACGACUCUAGAUCUUCUGUUAUCCAUCAACUCAGACUACUACUUAGUUGAUAUAUGCAAUGCAUCAGGCUCUACUCUAUCCCGAAGUCCUCCUGGAUAUAUUCACGCAUGUGAAUGACAUCCUGGACCCAUCUUAUGCCGAAAAAUCAUUGGCUCGGAAAUCCUUUGCAGCGCUUGCAACGACAUGCAGAGCCUUCCAUGAGCCCGCGAUGGAUUCGCUGUGGGCUGAAAUAGAUCGAUUGGAACCACUGCUAGGCUGUGUAACGAGGCUACAUCCACUAAUAUAUCAUAGUGAUCGAAUAUGGGACGACAGCCAGUGGGCAGAAGGUAUAGAACCAUUAUCGGCCGAUGAGGCCCGUCAAUUUUUGCGUCACUCUACCCGUAUUCGCUCAUUGGAAGUAUUAUCCCAUCGCCUUUUUCUCCUUCUCUCAGUCAUCCCUGUCGAGGCAUACGUCUUCCCGAGACUGAGGUCGUUAACUCUUUCCACCGAAUAUCUGGACCUCUUCAUGUCCCACACGCUGCGCCGUCGCUAUCUAGUAACCGUCAAUGAAGAUCUUCAAUCUAUUAUGACCCGUUGUGCUGCUUUGGAGCACUUAUCCGUCAACGCUUCUGAUGACAGCAUCGCAGAUGAGAGCACAGCAGAUGAGCUGUCCCUUCUGUCUAAAAGUGUCUGUUUAUGCAAGCGGCUUGUAACUCUUUGUUGUCCACUGCUCGACUGGACAGCAUGGAAGCACCUCUCCAACCUGCCUACCCUUCUCAGAGUAGAAGUUGGUGACACGAACAGUGACAGUGACCUUCCUUGGCCAUUGGGACGGGAUAUCGUCAAUUUCUCACCAUUCCUUAACGUCACGGCUCUUUCCUUCCUCAUGCACAGUGCUGCAUACGUUAUCACAUUCAUGCAACACUCACAAUUCCCUUCGCUGAAAGAGUUCAAGAUGGAUGUCGAUUUUCUGUAUUCAUCAGAGCCUGAGCAACUCUUUCGUGCGCUGUCUCAGUGCAACACACGUCGGACCCUAGAAAGCGUCAUUAUUUGUUCCUUUGAUCCUGGAUCUCAGGACGCCCCAGACAACUAUUUGUCAGCGAUUCCACAUUUCCUUUGCUUCACACAGCUGCGAACCUUGGAGCUCGCGGUUUUUGAUUCCUGCAUCUAUCUGGAUAAUGACAUUCUCUUGGAAGCCAUGUCAACUUGGCCGCAUCUUCGCAAUCUGGAAAUAAAAGACUCGAGACUUCGUCCUUCUCCCGUCACAUUCCGCGGAUUGUUCACAGCGCUCCGUCUAUGUCCACAAUUGCUUGAACUGCGAAUUUCAAUCGAUACUGCGAACAUCGAUAUCGAUCCUGAUACUGAACCAAUACAAUACAACUCUCUACGAAUAUUGGAGCUGGACCCAUCCGAGUUUGUAAUAGCAAAUCCUGAAGCUCUCGCUCGCAUCAUUCUCGCCUGGCUCCCUUGUGUCGACCGUGUUAGCGCUAGCGCGUUCGCUCGGAAUUGGGAUAAAGUUAACAUGCAUCUCAAAUCUUUGAAAGAUUCUGCGCUGCAUGUCGCUGGAGCCUCCUCAAACAACUGAGUCCUGACAUAUUCAUGAUCAGGAAAUAUCUUGCAGGUGUUACGCUCCUUCGUGUUCGUUCGUUAGUCGUUGUCGUUGCAGUUGACUGUGGUUGUGGAAUGCUUCUCCCGUCUGACCGUUAAACUGCUGUACCACCGUGCUGUAUUAUUGUCACGCAUUUUUGUAGAGUAUCUCCACCCACAUGAAAGGAUCCGCACUUCAGUUCCGUUCGUCUAUGUCCCACUUACAUCCUAUCAAUGGAUGCUAAGCAGCGUUCUAGCG